UGUUUAAUCCGGUAUACCUGUUGAACCCACUGCUAGCACAGAGAUGGCGGACUGGAAGGUGCCGGUGAGCUACAACUACAGUCCGUCGUACCACGCUUACGCGUACGGGUUGAUGUACCCGCAGCCACACGAGCAAGCACACCCUAACAUGAGCUGGGCAGAGCAUGCUUACGGCUCCUCUGUAGGGCUGACCGGGGGCUACUACACCUCACAGCCGCCCUCCUCCUCUCAAACUCCACCCGGAAGUCCGGACUUCACCACCCCGAGCUCUGAGGCGCAGUACCCGGGCUCGGUGGUGUACUACGCAGACUCGAAGGGACACACGCAGACCGGCCGUCUGUUCCUCUCGCACAACCGGGUCCAGUUUGAUCACGUGAGUAAGGAGCAGGAGCGAGCAGGCAGUGACACGCCGAGCGACUCCGAGGGACACACACCAGAUUCCUGGAGUUCGGGGAGCAGUCGGGAGGGCAGCGCUGCACCGGUGGAUCUGGAUCUCUCCGAAUGGACUAAAAAAGAGCGGACACAUGAGCUGGACACCGGCAGCCCCGAGGUCGUUUCCAGCUCACUGUCCGCCCCAUCAGAAGAACCGAACUGCAUGAGUGUAGAGAGGGACUGCGGCUUGCCCGCGGUGUCCACAGUCCCGCCGUCCCCUGAGCCGGUCUCCGCGCCGCACCCGCGCAAGGCCAAAGCGCGCACCGCCUUCUCCGAGGAGCAGAUGAGCGCCCUGAACGACCGCUUUAACAUGCAGAGAUACCUCACCCCGGCCGAGAUGAAGACUCUAGCAGGGCUCACGGGACUCACCUACAAGCAGGUGAAAACCUGGUUUCAAAAUCGCAGAAUGAAACUAAAGAGGCACCAGAAAGAUAACAGCUGGGUAACUGAGCGGUACAUCACCACUGGGAUUCCAAACGCUCAGACUACACAUUCUCAGUUCCAGGUGGAUGCCCCAAUACUGACCCAGAACCUUUAUAACAACUCCCAAUUAAGAGAUGCUGUGUUUAAGAAGAGCCCUCCACAGACUCCCUCGUUUUACCUGAACUACCCCAGGCCUCUGUCCCCUUCCCAGGUCUCACCCAGGUCUCAGGGGACUUGGCGUCUACCCCCAGCUGUGCAGCACUACGAAUUCCUCAAUCCUUCCAGCUAUGUGUCAGCUGGUGGGAAUGUUGGUACCAGUGAUGCUGGCACUGUUGAUCCAGGCAGCAGCCCUACACAGAUGGCCACAGUGCAUAACGCCACACACUGGUCAUCUUAGUGAACUGCACUUGGCUGGCUGCCUGUGGUUUGUGUGCAUGUGUAAAUAGUUUUGAAUCUGUUUGUGAUCAUGGCAAAAAGCAUUCCAUGUUGCACUCAUGAAGGGUUGGGGGCUGGUCACUAUUUGGUUAUGACUCUGCUCUGACCGGGGGCAUUGGUUCCAGACCCUGACCCUCCAAGACUGGAACAGGAAACCCUAUUGUAGACUGUCUGUGAAUGGUUCCUGAUUUAAGGAGUCAUUUUUCUCAUUUUUUUUUAUUUUUUAUUUUUAAAUUGGCUACAAACUAAUUUGUCAAUGCUCUGAACAUGAUUUUCAUUCCUCUACUUUUAUAUGGAAGAUCUAUUUUUAUAAUUUCAACGCACCUCCCAGAGUAUUUAAUGUCUUACCAGGAACCCUUGCUCUUUUAAUCCCUGCAAUUCUCAAGGUGUUCAGCACCGGUCUUACAAGCUGUGCUUUUGCAGCCAUUCUACACAUGUAUGUUGUCAUGGGGUGUUAAAUAAAUUUUUAUUUGGUGUUCCUGAAAAUGUCUUCACCUAUGCUAAAAGAACCUUUUUAUAUAACCAAAUCUCUUGUCUGUGUUUACAGUAAGCUGUGACGUCCAAAUCCAUUUGUACUUGUAACUUGGCUUGUAUAUGGUUGUCUUUGAAGCUACCAAUGACUAAAGAAUGCAUUUGUUUAUUGACCUUUUGGUUUGGUGUAGCUUGAACCUUCUUGAUGUCCGUUUAGUAGCUAUAGGAUGGGUGCAAGUUUCCCCACAGAUGGCAUUGAAAUAAUCAACUUUUAUAUUGACCUCAUUCCUUAAAGUUAAUUUGACUAAAUCAUUGUAUUGUCGGCCAACACUUUUUUUCUUUUUUUCUUUUUUGUAAGCAGAUAAUACUUCAUCUAAUUUAAUUAUGUAUGUUUGCAUAAAUGCUUUUGAAUUUA